AUGACGACCUCGACGACUAUCAUAAGUGAAACAACAACGACAACUGAAUCUACGACAACAACCACAACGACCUCGACGACUACUACAACUGAAUCAACGACCAGAACUGAAUCUAUGACAACAAGCACAACGACCUCCACGACUACUACGACCGUGUCUACUACUACAACCACGACGACUUUGACCACUAUAACAACGGAAUGGGCGACCAUAACUGAAUCUACGACGACAACCACAGCGACCUCCACGACUACUACAACUGAAUCAACGUCCACAACUGAAUCUACUACUAGAGCGGAGUCUACCGCUGCGACUGAUACAACAAGCAGAACUGAAACGGCUACUACCACUGAAAUAAAUACUUCAUCUAAUACAAUAUUCACCACUGAUAAAACUACUACAAUGGAAACGACUAGUACAGUCAAUGCAAUAGAAGAAACUUCUACAACGAGGUUGGCCGAAUCAAGUACUGGAACUGAGGAAAAUACUAAAAGCAGUGCGACUGCAGCAACUGCUAGUUCAAUAACAAACUUUUCGAAUAAAAGCGCCAUCAUUCGGAGCACACAUACCGCUGCACCUGAAUCAAUGAAAAGUGUGGUAAUGCUCGUUACGACUCUUCAAGUGACAACGAAUGGCUCUGUUACUAGUGUAGCGGCUACCCCUAUGAGCACAACAAAGAGGAGCAACGAGUCUACUGGUAGUCUAACAAACGGAGAUGUCACGACUAAGAUAACAACUAGUGAAACCGAUAGAACAACAACGCAAACAAGGUCUUCAACGACAACUAAAAUAACCAGUGACAGCAGUGUUCGGAUAGCAAGCACUACGACCACACCAGAGACAAUAAUUGACUCCAGAGGUAGCACAACAGGCACCACUUUCAAUUUAAGAGUAAACACCGCAGUAGCCACGACCGAGAUAAUUACUGACUCCACUUCUAGCAUGAGAACAACAACAACUAUGAUUAUAACGGAGACAAUUGCUGAAUCAAUUACCAACACACUUCGUACCUCUGAAUUGAGUAGAAGGAGAUCAACGAACACUGCAGAACCCAGUAGACAUACGACAACUAGAACAACUGCCACUCAAUCCACUGCAUGGAAAACCUCAAUCACAGUGACAAGUACAGCAACAGCAAUAGCUACUUCGCAAUUCACUACAGUUGUAACUGAAACAACUGUGAUGACAACAACUAUAGCGACUACCGCUAUGAACACAAGCUUCACAACUGCCUAUGUAAUAGAGUCAGUCGUUACACCCAACAUUACGAUUAUUACUAGAACAGAGACAACACCUCACGCGAGUAAAUCCUCCACAGCUACAAUGCCGACUACUACAGAGACCGUCAAUACAACGAAAACAACCAGUCAAACCACAUCUACAACCUCAACACAUAUGACUAAUACAGAAAGUACAGCGGCUUCAACUGAAGCUACUGGAGGAAUACGAGUCGCAUACGCCACUACCAAUGAAAUGAACGCAACAUCACCAACAACCUUCAUAACUUCAGUAGGGAGAACUAUUUUAACGGUCACAUCGAAUUCCUCUACCAGCACAACAGUAAAACCGUCAACAUCAUUUUUUGUACCAAAAAAAUGUAAUAACUCAGCAACGUUCGGUGCCAAUUGUAGCAUGUCUAGUAGUUUAUGCAGCAUCAAGCGCCCAUGUCAAAACAAUGGAAUAUGUCAAGGAAAUCAUAGCAACUAUAAUUGUGUAUGUUCAUCUGGUUUUUUUGGUACCGAUUGUAGCAUUGAUCAUCGACCUUGUAAACCACAUACGUGUCUCAAUCACGGCACAUGUAACAUUACACUCAAUUCAAAAUUUUACUGUAAAUGUGACGAUGGUUGGCAAGGUGACCAUUGCGGAUCUAGAGUAAACUUUUGUACUAAUAACACAUGUUUCAAUAAUGGUGUUUGCCAAUCGUUAUUAAAAAAUUAUUCAUGUCAUUGCCUUGGUGAUAGUUAUUUUGGUCGACAUUGUGAAAUAACUGCUAGAAAAAUUAUUAUUUAUAAAAUAGUUUCAAAAUCAUUUGGCUACAUUGCAAUCUGUGCUCUGUCAAUUACUGCAACGUUCAUUCUGACCAUGGAUAUACUAAAAUAUUGUUUUAAUAUUGAUCCAGCAAUAGAAGACUUGAAAAGAGUGCGACAAGAAAAACGAAAGCAUCGCGUGAUUGAACGUUUAAUCUACGUCGAUGCAACACGGCAAGCAUUUGAAUAA